AUGGCCUCUAAAUCUUGGCUGAAUUUUUUAAUAUUCCUUUUUGGAUCAGCAAUUGGAUUUUUUUUGUGUUCUCAGCUGUUUAGUAUUUUGUUGGGGGAACAGAGUGACACCCAUCAUCCUCAUAUUCUUCAUAAUGAUCCCCAUGCUAGGCAUUCAGAUGACGAUGAACAUAAUCAUCUAGAUGGGGAGUUGAACUUCAAUGCAGAUGUCAGCCAACAUAAAGAUGAGAACACAGAUGUCUCUGAAAAACUGUAUCAGAAAGUUAAAGUUCUUUGCUGGGUAAUGACAGGCCCUCAAAAUCUAGAGAAAAAAGCCAAACAUGUCAAGGCCACAUGGGCCCAGCGUUGUAAUAAAGUUUUGUUUAUGAGUUCAGAAGAAAAUGAAGCUUUCCCUGCUGUAGGAUUAAAAACUAAAGAAGGCAGAGACCAACUGUAUUGGAAAACAAUUAAAGCUUUUCAGUAUGUUCACGACCAUUAUUUAGAAGAUGCUGAUUGGUUUAUGAAAGCAGAUGAUGAUACCUAUGUUGUACUAGACAAUUUGAGGUGGCUUCUCUCAAAAUAUGACCCUGAAAAACCCAUUUAUUUUGGGAGAAGAUUUAAGCCCUAUGUAAAGCAGGGCUACAUGAGUGGCGGAGCAGGAUAUGUACUGAGCAAAGAAGCCUUGAAGAGAUUUGUGGAUGCAUUUAAAACAGACAAAUGUACACAUAGUUCCUCCAUCGAAGACUUAGCACUGGGGAGAUGCAUGGAGAUUCUAAAUGUAGAAGCAGGUGAUUCCAGAGAUACCACUGGAAAAGAAACUUUUCAUCCCUUUGUACCGGAACACCACUUAAUCAAGGGUUAUCUACCCAAAACCUUUUGGUACUGGAAUUAUAAUUAUUAUCCUCCUGUAGAGGGUCCCGGUUGCUGUUCGGAUCUUGCUAUUUCUUUUCACUAUGUUGACCCUGUAACUAUGUAUGAGUUAGAAUACCUCAUCUACCAUCUUCGUCCAUAUGGAUAUUUGUACAGAUAUCAGCCUGCCUUACCUGAGAAUUUAGUAAGAGAAAUGAGUGAAGCAUACAAAAGUGAAGAUCCAAAAGCAAAAUUAGGAAACCCUUGA